AACAGCAGGAGCAGAUUUUGGAGCAGUUCCUGAGGAACCGGGCAUCAAGCAUCACCAUGGUGAAGACGCCGUGGCAGGCAGCUCUCGAGACUGGAUGUGCAGCUGAUGCCUUCCAAGAAAGGGAACAAAGGAUACAGAUCAGUAGCCCUCACAUUGGAGGUCCAAUAGCUGCACCAGGCACCAACCCUCCCACUCCCUCCGCAGGCACCGGAGCUAUCUACACCGCCGAGGUGAAGGUUGUACAGCGAGCUUCUCUCCCGCCCACACCCGUCGUGGACAUGCCUCACCACUCACUCUUGGAGCUCUCGUCUGAGGAUAAGUCAGAUAAACGUCGAUCCCUCAGCUUCAACCUCGCCGCCAAGGGUUGGGGCACUUACAACAAAUUCUACACACCAAUAACCUUUGCUACGUAGAAGUGUUAGGCUUGUAGUUAUACGCUAACAGCUGCCAAAGUCUACAAGUGUCCGGGUUUGAUAUGGGCGAUUUAAUGCCAGCCAGUUGCUGGGUUAAAUACUGAAAUAUUAAUUGUACAGUGUAUCAUUCAUUUAUUCUAAAAUCAUAUAAAUGAUGUUAUUCAUUUGUUUAUUAGCCUAACGAAUCACCUCAACCGCUGUGAAUUUUCCAUCUGAUUUUGUAUGGUUAAACCUUGGAAGAUAAAUGAUAUUGUUAUUUUUGGGUUAGUUAUGUCCCUGUUAAUUUUCCUCUUGUUGUAUAGUUCACUCAUAAUUGUGCUAAGAUUGGAAGGGAUUCAGAAAUAUUCUCAAGUAGGGAAUAGGAUCUUAGAAUUUACCUCACAUACACAUGUCCAUUGUCUAGUUCAGGCUAUUGUAGUGUUCUACGAUGACGAACGAGUGCCCUUUUGUGAUAAGUACAUAAUAUUAAGUACCUCUUACGAUAUGAAUGGUAGAGAACAGUUUUCAUGACAGUUUCUCGAAGGAUGAUACCCAAUAAUGGUUGAGCAACGAACCUCUUUUCUUCACCUGUUACACUCUGAAACCUCACUUGAAUGUUUGUACAUACCGAAUCUUAUAUUUGUAAUCUCGAUAUAAAAAGAUAUUUUUAAGGUAAUUAUCUCACGUGAGGUUGGGGAGUGUAUGAAAAAAAAGGGUAUUCAGGAAUGUUUGAACCUUUGUUGUGCAUUUAAGUGCUGGCAGGUUCGAAUAGGCCUGCAGCCCUGCGCGUUUCAACCAUGUAAGAUCCUCUUAAUAUAUUUCGUAUGUUGAGUUUAAAAGUUCUGUCUUUAUAAACUGGAAGACCAUUUGCUUUAGUCACCUUCAUUUUACAGUACGAGAUAAUUACGUAUAUUUAACCUCCAUAUACGAGAUUUAUGCUUGUCCCCCGCGCAGAGCUGCAAGACACUGGUGUGGGUGAAUAUAAUUGUUGAUUGUCAGAUGCAACUUUCCCACCUACAGCCUUACCUCCGUCACCCACACCUGUCCUUACCUCCGUCACUCACACCUGUCCUUACCUCCGUCACUCACACCUGUCCUUACCUCCGUCACCCACACCUGUCCUUACCUCCGUCACUCACACCUGCCCUUACCUCCGUCACUCACACCUGUCCUUACCUCCGUCACCCACACCACAUCCACGGUCCUGCUCACGCUAUGUAUUUUGUGGAAAUCAACCAUGUACUUUU